UGUGUAGUGGACGAUGCCACUCCUAACUCAGCAGAUCCAAGCUGAGGAUGAGCAGUACAGCUUGAUGGCCAGCCUUGACAAUGUGAGGAAUCUCUCUACAAUCUUGAAAGCCAUUCAUUUCCAAGAUCAUGCCACCUGUUUUGCUACCAAAAAUGGGAUCAAGGUUACGGUGGAGAAAGCAAAGUGCGUGCAAGCAAAUGCUUUCAUUCAGGCUGGAAUAUUUCAAGAAUUUAUGGUUCAGGAAGAGUCUGUAACAUUUAGGAUUAAUUUAUCUGUCCUUUUAGACUGCUUAUCUAUUUUUGGAUCAAGUCCUGUGCCAGGCACGUUCACUGCUCUCCGGAUGUGUUACCAAGGUUAUGGCUGUCCUUUGAUGCUGUUUUUGGAAGAAGGAGGGGUGGUCACCGUGUGCAAAAUCAAUACCCAGGAGCCUGAGGAAACUCUGGAUUUUGAUUUCUGCAGCACCAACGUUAUUAACAAAAUCAUUCUCCAGUCAGAGGGUCUCCGGGAAGCAUUCUCUGAACUGGACAUGACAAGUGAGGUUCUGCAGAUCACCAUGUCUCCAGAAAAGCCUUACUUCAGGUUAUCUACUUUUGGAAAUGCAGGAAGCUCCCACCUUGACUAUCCCAAAGAUUCUGAUUUGAUGGAAGCGUUUCACUGCAGUAAGACCCAGAUCAACAGAUACAAGAUCUCCUUACUGAAGCCAUCUACCAAGGCAUUGGUCCUAUCUUGUAAAGUAUCCAUUCGAACAGAUAACCGAGGAUUCCUCUCAUUACAGUAUAUGAUUAGAAAUGAAGAUGGACAAAUAAGCUUCGUGGAAUAUUACUGCUGCCCAGAUGAAGAAGCCCCUGAGACCGAGUCUUAAGUGUCAGAGCUCACAGUGGUAUUUAUGUGUA